AUGUCAACAAAUCCUCAUUUACCACUAAAACCUGUCGGAACUCCUAGUAUGAAAAAACAUUUAAAAGAUGUAGAAGUAUCUGGUAGUGAUAAUGAUGCUCACGAUCUAACUUCUUCAAAAAUAAAAUCCCCAACCAUACCAGUUGUAAAACCUCCUUUACCACCAAAACCUGCCAAGACUCCUAGCAUGAAAAAAUAUUUUAAAGAUAUAGAUGUAUCUGGUAGUGGUAUGGAUGUUUAUGAUAAAACUUCUUCAAUAUUAAAAUCGCCAACUUCACCAACCGUAAAACCUCCUUUACCGCCAAAACCUGUCAGGACUCCUAGCAUGAAAAAGCAUUUAAAAGUAUCUGGUAGUGGUAGGGUUGCUCAUGUAAUUUCAGGGGAUGAAGAAGAUGAUGUUGACAGCUUUUCUUCAGAGGAUGAUGGCGACAAUUACAUAGAAAGAAUUGGAAGGUCAUUAUCAUCUUUAAAUGUACCACACAUACCUCGUCAACGUUCAUCUUCUGCUUCUAGAUCAAGAAGAAGGCGAGCAACAUUGUCAGACUCAUAUACAACUGAUUCACAUACAGAUGAAGAUAGUUCUUAUUCUUCUCGCACAAUAUCUCCGUUAACCUCUGCCACCUCAUUCUUCAACACGAUAUCAUCACCUUUAUCAAUGCCAACUUUAUUUUAUAGAAAGACAAAAAUGAUAAGCUUAGUUCCUGAAGGAGCUGUUGAUCCAAAUAAUUUGGUACCUGCCGCUGCAAUGAUGGAUCUGGACAAUAGUAAUCAAGCACCAAUCUCGCCAACUACUCAGCUUAACGAUCAUAUUCCUGAAAUUCCUGCUCCUCCUCUUAUAACGCAGCAUACUCGAUUGAAACAAAAAAUAAAAACGCUGGAAACGAAAAUAUCCGAGUAUCGAGAUCAAGAGAUUGAAGAUCCAUUGUCUGAAUUUACGACCGAGGAAAUAAAAGAAACGAUAGAUAAAUAUGUAACGACUGUUGCGGGGCUUAAACGAUCAAUCACAUUGUACAGAGAAAUUAUAUAUAAAGUUGCAUCUGACCCUGAUAUUUUGGAGUUUGCUCCACAUAUGAUAGCUUAUCAAUUGACAUUAAUUGAUUCUGCUAUUUUUCUAGAAAUUGAUCCUCAUUCACUGUUAGCUCAUUCCACAAAAAAUCCUGAUCCAAAAAUAAUAGCAUCCACGGAUUUUUUUAAUUAUUUAACACGUAUUGUAGAAUGUUCUAUUUUGUCACCGGUUGAAGCCUCUUCCAGAGCAUUGGUUAUACAUCAUUGGGUUAAAGUGGCGGCUAAAUUACACGAAUUGCAUAAUUUUCAAACUUUAAAGGCUAUCCUUUCAGCUUUAGGUACGCCACCAAUAAAAAGAUUGAAGAGGACAUGGACAUGUAUCCCAAAAAAAAGUAUGGUGAAAUUAGAUUCGUUAAAUGAAAUGAUGAGUGAGUCUAGUAAUUAUGAAAAAUAUCGAGAGACAAUACAACCUGAAAUAUUUUCAAGAAAACCUAUUGUACCAUUUUUGGGAACAUUCAUAAUGGAUGCAACAUAUUUAUCAGCAGCUAUAAGAAACUCAGCGUCAUCAUCCAUCAAUUCACCAUUGAUUUCACUUUCCAUGACUAGCACCACCACCAACAGCGAUGAUUCUGAUAGUGGUAAUGGUAAUAAAAAUAACAACAUUACAGGUAAUAGUUGUUUUACACAUCCUAUAUCACGAUCAAUGUCAUUACCCUCUUCACCCGAAAAAAUUCUUACUUUACAAGAUGAUUCACGAGUUCAAGAAUUACUGCAUACAAUGUUUCGAUAUCAAAAUGGACCAAAAUAUCAACCAAUCCCGCCAAUGUCGUAUAUAAAAGCGUCAACAAAACAUCAUUUUCGAGCGACAAGUCUUGGGGCUGCUUUACAUCGUGGAAGUGUGAUUAGAUAUCACAAUAGAAAUGAUGACGAUAAUGAGAUUAUCAAGGAAAAACAACAAAUUAUAACGCAUUAUCUAUUGACUCGGACAUGGAUUCCAGAAAAAAGUGUUGAUGAAUUAAGUUUGCAGCGCGAACCGCAUAAACAAAAAAGUAGCCAAGAUGCUACUGUUUGA